UCACUUCAUGAGUAAAUUAUUACUCAUAGUAAAGAGGUUUUCUAACUACCUUAUUAGUCAUAGCACAGAUUAAAACUGUGAUAAAUAUAUUAACUCUUUCGCUAAACUUGUCAUCUCUUUUUAAAACAGCCUGCUGUCGCCAAGCGAAAGAAAGAAGAAGAAGUAGCAAGAGCCUGAAUGGCUGAGGGCUCCUCAGACCCACAAAAUUUCAACCAAGAUGGGUCGUCCCUUCAGAAAACGCACCAGCAAAGAUCCAGAAGAGGCCGCCCUCGAAACAAUGGUAGAAAUCUGAGCUGUAAUUAUGAAGAAACAUCCCAACACUUUGGACACUUUUUUGAAGGGUUUGAACAUAACUCUAAUUAUGUUGAAGCCCACAAUCCUCCAUUUCGAGGGGAGGAUACAGCUCAAAGGAGAGGCAGAGGUCGAGGAAGGAGAGAAGGAGACAGAGGUUUGAAUGGAAAUCCGGAUGCCUCUGGUUCAUGGUGGCAAAGAUCUGGUCAUGAGUUUGGACAGCAUGGUUCAGGCAGCAGGUAUGCAGGUAGCCAUCAGUCUGGUGCACAUCCUAUGGAUGGAUCUGAUGGAUCCAACAGGCGGGGUGUUAACAGAAAUUUGGAGAAAGGCUAUGAACAGUGGGAUUCUCAUUUUAAAAAGAACAGAAAUGUUGAGCAGAGGAGAGCAGAGCAGAGGGAGAGAGGCGAUCAUUUUAAAGCAGCUGAUCAAAGGCACGGCACCAAAGGAGAAACCACUGAAAGGACUCAGGAGAGCAAGUCGGGCCCUAAACGUCACUAUCAUGAGACCCAGAAAAAAGAGGUUGAAGUUAAACGGCGCCAAGGACCAAUCAAACCCCCCAAACCCCCAAGUCAAGAAAUAGAUGGCCGUGAGAGGGGGGCCAAUGCUCGGCUCGACUCCGAUCAGAGCCGACCUGCUCAGGAUUCAAGGGGUCCACCUCCUCCGGCCAAAGGGGGUAAAAGAUUUAACCAACGAAGCCACAAGCCAGGCCGGCAGAGCUGGGAGCAGGUGCCAAAGAGCAAAGAGACUCAGACUGGCUGCCUGAUUGAACAGCUGACAGAGGAGAACUACGAGUGCAUGGUGUGCUGUGACGUCAUCAGGGUCAUGGCCCCGGUGUGGAGCUGCCAGAGCUGCUUCCACGUCUUCCACCUGAACUGUAUCAAGAAAUGGGCUCGAUCCCCGGCCUCACAGGCGGACGAUUCGACUGAAGGCUGGCGCUGUCCAGCCUGCCAGAACGUAGCACUGAAAAGCCCUGCGUCCUACACCUGCUUCUGUGGUAAAGUGACAAACCCAGAGUGGCGUCGCAGUGAGAUUCCCCACAGCUGUGGGGACAUGUGUGGGAAGAGGAGGGGCGGCGACUGUAACCAUCCAUGUAACAUUUUGUGUCACCCUGGACCCUGUCCUCAGUGUCCCGCCUUUGUGACCAAAUCCUGCAUCUGUGGGAAAACGAGUCAGCCGAUGCGCUGCGGUCAGGCGGCUGUUCUCCGCUGUGACAGAGUCUGUGCUGCUCUGCUCAACUGUGCCGUGCACACGUGCAUGCAGCUGUGCCACGCUGGGCCUUGUGAACCCUGCCAACGGCAGAUCAAGCAGGUCUGCCACUGCGGUGUCGCCACACGGGAAGUCCCGUGCGGCACAGAUAAAGACGGAUCUGUUGGUUCGGGACAUUACUCCUGUCGGAACACAUGUGGGAAGAAGCUGUCUUGUGACGCACACGAGUGCCAGGAGGUCUGCCAUCCCGGGGCGUGCCAGCCGUGCCCACGCUCGCCCAAGCUGGUGAAGACGUGUCCGUGCGGACAGACCGCCCUGACCAAACUGCUGGAGCUGGGCUACGCCGAGCGAAAAAUCUGCUCCGAUCCCAUCCCGUCCUGUGGAAAGACCUGCUACAAACCUCUGGCCUGUGGCUCCAGCGACACAAUUCAUUUGUGUCAGAAUUUGUGUCACGAGGGCAGCUGUGGGCCCUGCUCCCUGACCUCCACGGUCAGGUGCCGCUGUGGCUUCAAAACAAAGGACGUUCCAUGCUCUCUAAUCCAAAAGGAAGAAGAGCUCAUCUUCACGUGUGACAGACGCUGCAACAAGAAACGUUUGUGUGGCCGACACAAGUGUGGCGAGCUUUGUUGUGUGAACGUGGAGCACAAAUGUCUCCUGAUCUGUGGCUACAAGCUCAACUGUGGCCUCCACCGCUGCCAGGAGCCCUGUCACCGUGGAAACUGUGAACCCUGCUGGCAGUCCAGUUUUGACGAACUGUCGUGUCACUGCGGGCUGACUGUCCUGUACCCCCCCAUCCCCUGCGGCACGAAGCCGCCGGAGUGCAAAAACCCGUGUACCAGAAGACACGAGUGCAAUCAUCCAGUGUUCCACAACUGCCACAGUGAGGACAAAUGCCCCCCCUGCACAUACCUAACUCAGAAAUGGUGCAUGGGAAAGCACGAGCAACGCAGCAACAUCCCGUGUCACCUGCAAGACAUCUCCUGCGGCCUGAUGUGCAACAAGCCUCUGCCGUGUGAAAUGCACCGCUGCAAGCGGCUCUGCCACCGCGGCGAGUGCCUGCCGGACGGCGGCUGCUGCCAGCAGCCCUGCGCGCUCCCGCGUCCCGACUGCGGCCACCCGUGCUCCGCUCCCUGCCAUGAAGGCAGCAGCUGCCCACGCACCACCUGCACCGCCAAGGUGGCGCUACAGUGCGACUGCGGUCGAAGAAAGGAUACGGUGGCGUGUGCCGACGCGGCCACUUCCUAUCAGAGGUAUGCAGCCAUCGCCAUGGCGAGUAAACUGUCCGACAUGCAGCUCGGCGACUCCAUGGACAUGGGCCCCCUCCUCACUAAGAAGGAGGCGAAGCAGACCAGGCUCGAUUGUGACGAAGAGUGCGCCACUUUGGAGAGGAACAGGCGUUUGGCUGAAGCCCUACAGAUAGACGCGACCUCUGACCCCUUUAACACCCGCUCCACCUCCGUGUACAGCAGCAGCCUCAAGGAAGACGCCAGGAAAGACCUGAAGUUCGUCACAGAAGUCGAGGAGGAGAUGAGGAGUCUCGUCGAGCUUGCUAAUAAGGGAAAGCAGCCCAAGAGGAGCCACUGCUUCCCCGCCAUGAACCGGGAACACCGGAAAAUCAUCCACGAGCUGGCCGAGGUUUAUGGUGUGGAGAGCGCGAGCUACGACAGCGAGCCCAAACGCAACGUGAUCAUCACGGCCCACAAAGGGAAGUCGGCCUGUCCAAACUCCAGUCUGACUGCAGUGAUAGAGCGGGAGACGGCAGCCAGGGCCCCCCCUCCCAUCGCUCAUAUCAAACAGCAGAGCAGCAGAGCGGCGGGCGGAAGCGCCUGGUCCAAGAUGCUCAAAGAGGAGCCGGCGAUCGACUACUUCGACGUCCAGGACUGAAGGUUCCUGAAAACGUUCAAAUAAAGAACUGCAUUCUGGUCUCAGAUGUCUGAGGAAUCGGCUGCUGCUUCAUUUUUUUCUUUCUAACGGAUCAAAACGUUGAUGUUUCAGUUAGUUUUUCCUUCACACUUCAGUAAUAAAGGUGGAUUUGCGUUUGA